AGUGACAAAAUGGCUUUGUUUUGCUAAAAUGCAUCGGUGGAAAAACCCCCGUAGGUCACAGAGAGGCCAAAAAACCGACCAAAAAACUCUUUGAUUUGGUUGAAAUUCCAUGAAAUUCCAGCAGAGGUUCAGGCCUGAAUGGGGCCCCGUCUGACCCGAGGUGUUUUUGUCCCCUUUCCAUCCGAAAUGAGGAAUAAAAGUUGGCCCCAAACGGAGCAGAAAAGCGCAGCUCUGUGCUCCAAAGGAGCUUCAGGUCACAGGGUGAACAGGGCUCAGGUUGUGGGGCUGACCCUGCUGAGCCCCGUGCUCUGAUUCCUUCAGCCUGUGAGGCCCCACGGAGCCCCAAAACCGUCCUGGUGGCAACUGGGGCUUCAUCCCUAUGUUCCAUGGCUGUGCUGCUCCCCCAGCCUAAUUAGCAUGCUAAUUGAGAUAAUUGCUUGCGCCCCACCGCCCCACCUCCUUCCUGCAACCAAACCGGUGCAGAUUGUACCAAAAAUGUGCUUUUUUGACCCAAACGGUGCCCUAAAUACAGAGCAGCACAGAGGGAGCGUUCACUCGCAGAUAAAAAGCCCCAACCUUUGGAUUUAGGAGUAAAACCCCUUUCACAGAGCCGCUCGCUCAUUAAUUACCCGCUGAUUAAUUGCUGCACAGCUGUGCCAUCAGCUCUGUGCUAAAAAGCAGCAGAGCAGAUGCCAGAGCGUGCAAGCAACACUGGAUCCGUAAACACCAUAAACUAUAAUUAAUUGCAAUUAAUUGCCGUUGUGGCGCUUUGGGAGCUGCUGAUGGCAGCGCUCUCCUGUUGCAUUUUGCAGCCCCGGUUGUUUUGCUUUCUUUGCAAAGAACCCGUUGGCAGUCGGGAGCAUCGCUGUCGAUUCUGGCGCUGCCUUCUUUCCCUGCAAUCCCCCCCCCAAGAAAGAAAACCCCCAAAACAACCCAACCCCAAAUCCCAGCUUUGCUUUCAGCUCUGCGAAACCAAACCAGCGCUGCAGGGUUAUUCCGGUCCAACUGGUUGUAAUUAACACCUGGCUGCAUGCAAACGGCCCCGACUGGUUGUAAUUAACACCUGGCUGCAUGCAAACGGCCCAGAGCUGCUGGCGAACGCCCAGCAUUUCAAAUCUGGCUUUUGGUUUGGUUUUUUUUUGUCUUUUUUGGAAUCCCCCACCAGUUUGUGUGCGCUGAACGCCAGCCAAAGCAGAGGGAAGAGGCGCUUUGCUCGGCUCAGCUUGGAGAGUUUGCAUUGGGUUUCAUUGGGGAGGAACCCAGCAGAGCUGCUGUGCUGGGUCAGAGCUGCAGCACUGGGGUCCUUAAGGCAGAGCUGGGCUCUGUGUCCAUAGGAGGGGCAGCUGGAUGCCCUGCAUCGAUGCUGGGCUGCUCUGUGCUCCCUGCUUGCUGUUGGUGCAGCUGGGUGCCCUGCAUCGAUGCUGGGCUGCUCUGUGCUCCCUGCUUGCUGUUGGUGCUGCUGGGUGCAGCUGGGUGCCCUGCAUCGAUGCUGGGCUGCUCUGUGCUCCCUGCUUGCUGUUGGUGCUGCUGGGUGCAGCUGGGUGCCCUGCAUCGAUGCUGGGCUGCUCUGUGCUCCCUGCUUGCUGUUGGUGCUGCUGGGUGCAGCUGGGUGCCCUGCAUCGAUGCUGGGCUGCUCUGUGCUCCCUGCUUGCUGUUGGUGCUGCUCAGGGCAGCUGGGCGCCCUGCAUCGAUGCUGGGCUGCUCUGUGCUCCCUGCUUGCUGUUGGUGCUGCUCAGGGCAGCUGGGUGCAUCGAUGCUGGGCUGCUCUGUGCUCCCUGCUUGCAGUUUGUGCUGCUGGGUGCAGCUGGGCGCCCUGCAUCGAUGCUGGGCUGCUCUGUGCUCCCUGUUUGCUGUUGGUGCUGCUGGGUGCAGCUGGGUGCCCUGCAUCGAUGCUGGGCUGCUCUGUGCUCCCUGCUUGCUGUUGGUGCUGCUCAGGGCAGCUGGGCGCCCUGCAUCGAUGCUGGGCUGCUCUGUGCUCCCUGCUUGCUGUUGGUGCUGCUCAGGGCAGCUGGGUGCAUCGAUGCUGGGCUGCUCUGUGCUCCCUGCUUGCAGUUUGUGCUGCUGGGUGCAGCUGGGCGCCCUGCAUCGAUGCUGGGCUGCUCUGUGCUCCCUGUUUGCUGUUGGUGCUGCUGGGUGCAGCUGGGUGCCCUGCAUCGAUGCUGGGCUGCUCUGUGCUCCCUGCUUGCUGUUGGUGCUGCUGGGUGCAGCUGGGUGCCCUGCAUCGAUGCUGGGCUGCUCUGUGCUCCCUGCUUGCUGUUGGUGCUGCUGGGGGCAGCUGGGUGCCCUGCAUCGAUGCUGGGCUGCUCUGUGCUCCCUGCUUGCUGUUGGUGCUGCUCAGGGCAGCUGGGUGCCCUGCAUCGAUGCUGGGCUGCUCUGUGCUCCCUGCUUGCUGUUGGUGCUGCUGGGGGCAGCUGGGUGCCCUGCAUCGAUGCUGGGCUGCUCUGUGCUCCCUGCUUGCUGUUGGUGCUGCUGGGUGCAGCUGGGUGCCCUGCAUCGAUGCUGGGCUGCUCUGUGCUCCCUGCUUGCUGUUGGUGCUGCUCAGGGCAGCUGGGCGCCCUGCAUCGAUGCUGGGCUGCUCUGUGCUCCCUGCUUGCUGUUGGUGCUGCUCAGGGCAGCUGGGUGCAUCGAUGCUGGGCUGCUCUGUGCUCCCUGCUUGCAGUUUGUGCUGCUGGGUGCAGCUGGGCGCCCUGCAUCGAUGCUGGGCUGCUCUGUGCUCCCUGUUUGCUGUUGGUGCUGCUGGGUGCAGCUGGGUGCCCUGCAUCGAUGCUGGGCUGCUCUGUGCUCCCUGCUUGCUGUUGGUGCUGCUGGGUGCAGCUGGGUGCCCUGCAUCGAUGCUGGGCUGCUCUGUGCUCCCUGCUUGCUGUUGGUGCUGCUGGGGGCAGCUGGGUGCCCUGCAUCGAUGCUGGGCUGCUCUGUGCUCCCUGCUUGCUGUUGGUGCUGCUCAGGGCAGCUGGGUGCCCUGCAUCGAUGCUGGGCUGCUCUGUGCUCCCUGCUUGCUGUUGGUGCUGCUGGGGGCAGCUGGGUGCCCUGCAUCGAUGCUGGGCUGCUCUGUGCUCCCUGCUUGCUGUUGGUGCUGCUGGGUGCAGCUGGGCGCCCUGCAUCGAUGCUGGGCUGCUCUGUGCUCCCUGCUUGCUGUUGGUGCUGCUGGGUGCAGCUGGGUGCCCUGCAUCGAUGCUGGGCUGCUCUGUUCUCCCUGCUUGCUGUUGGUGCAGCUGGGUGCCCUGCAUCGAUGCUGGGCUGCUCUGUGCUCCUUGUUUGCUGUUUGUGCUGCUCGGUGUCCGCAGGUCGUUCCGCUCACAGCUCAGCUCUCCUUUUUGUGUCAGGGAGGAAUUGAUGCUUUUCUUUCCCCCCUUUAUGGGUGAAGUUUCUCCCCCCAGUUGCUCCUUUUUGUACCAUGAGCCGUUUCCAUGCUGUGUUCGUUGUGCUGAAGCUUUGGCACGUUUCAGCCCCGUUUCUCAUUGCUUACAUCCCGCUUUUCCCCCACCUCAGAAAGCCCCCAAAUCCCUCCAGCUUCUCCCCACGGCUGUUCUGCCCAUUGCAGACGCUUCUCUGAAGGCUCUGAAGGGUUGAAAUGGAUUCAAGCAGCCAUGGGGAGCACUGCAGGUUGGGCUGAGCGCCAACUGAGCCCCAUUUUGGGGGCAAAAAAUGGGGGCGCAGGUGAAUAACGCGCAUCGCUUUGGUUGCUCCCACCGCCCAAAGCCCCCCUUCCCACCCCAUUGCUUUCAUACCCAGGGAGAAAUGAUCUUCAUUAGCGAUAGGACAUGGAGAAAGCUGCUUGUUUUGCUGCUCUUCUCCCAGUUCUGCUCUCCUGGAGCCAUUUGUUAACGACUUCCCCCUGUCUGCGAGCGCAGGAUGCGUCGCUGCUGCUUCUCUUGGCAGCCUUGUCCUUGUAGCUUCCUCCAACAGCACCAAUGUGAACAAAUCUGACCAACAAUGGACUCUUUUCUUUUUUUCCAUCCAUUUUUACUCAGAUUUCUCCCAGUCAGCAGUCGGUCCAAAUCUUUUUGGGCCAACAUUUGCUCUGCAUGCUUCUUAACAGCCGUGUAACCGCAGGCUCCUUUCAACAG